GAGGGAACCCAAGGUUCUUCCUGUUGUACUUUCAUGUUCUCUCCGAUCCGACUCUGCUCAACAGAGCGAAUUGAGGCUCAGCUUUGCCCACCUCCUGGAUCUUAUAUGACCCCCAGGAACAUUGAAACAUCGAGAAUUCAUUACCCUUCCCGACUCGAUGGACCCCCUCUACGAUUUCAUUAACAGUCAAUACCAAGUUUGGGAUCCAUGCAUGUUUUUAGACACAGCCGCAAUUGAUGUGACCGAGAUUUGGACGGAUCCGACCAGCCAGAGCAGACUUACCAGACAGAGACGAGUCGCUACCUCCGAUGUAGACGAAUGGCUCAAACAGACUUCAGCGACCAUCGGCGGCGCCAAAUCCUCGGUCGUACUACGGCUCGUGUGGGUCAAGUUUCAACACAUGGAAAGGAUCAAACAUAUCUCGUCCGCGGUCCUGGACAGACUCUUGAGCCAUUUCGGUAUCGAGGUAGCGCACAGGUGGAACUGGACCUGCUUCGCCGGGUCGACACGCUUCGACGGUCCGGGGCCUGAGAGCGGCCCGCUGUUCAGCUACUCGGUGUGCAAUCACCCCAAGGUUGCAGCCGCGUGGUCGCACAGCCCCGCCACUGGUAUAACUCAGGGGAUAUACUUUGCGGGAGCAAGUCAAGUUCCCGAGCUGCAGGAUCUUUUGCUCUCCUUGUCAGCGAUUGCAAGCCACCCAAUGCUCCCUGCGCUAGUGUUUGGUAUUAGCCUGAGCGGUCUGAUCGAACAAGAGCACAAGAGAAUCAAAGAGAAUGUGAGAGCGGUGGAGGUGCGAACACGAUUCCAUUCAUGGGCGAGCAGGAAUGAAAAUCCGGCGGAAGGGGACUAUAUCAGUCUUUCGUCUGCGACGACGGGAGCGAAAACAAAGCUCGCAAACCUGCACCGGAGAACAAUCAUACUCCAUGAGCUAUGUGAUUUUGUUCGCGAGAACUUACAUCCUCAUUCCAAGGAAGAGUCACUCGUCAGGAGCCCUCUUGUUGAAUCAAUAGUGGAGUACACGCGAGUACUCCGGAGACGAACAGUGUUGCAGGCGGCAGACGUCCAGUUCUUCCAGCACCGCGCCGACGCCCAAGUAGCAGCGCCCGCCGUUAUGAUAGCACAAGACAAAGCUGCAGUCGACACAAAUAUUACGAGUGCAAUGCAACAAGAUUCAUCGUCACUCAAGACUCUCUCGCUAGUCACGAUGUUCUUCUUGCCAGACACCUUUCUUGCCACUUUGUUUUCUGUCCCUCUUCUGAACUGGAAACCUGAGGAAGCUAUGGAGGGAAAGUUUUGGAUAUACUGGGCGUUUGCCAUCCCACUUAGGCUGAUAACGUUUGGAACUUGGUGGUCCAGUCGGUAA